CCUUUGUCAGUGGCUGACGUUAAAUAUUAAUCUAAACAAUGUUUACUACAAGUUUAGUAGUCUUGAUUCUUAUUUCUGGAACAACAGGGAGAACAUUGGAGAAUGAACAGGCUAUAGAGGUGCUAAAGGGUGAGCAGGGCACUCCUGUUGAGAUACCCUGUGAUCUAAUUGUAGAACCACAUAUAGUGAUUGUUUGGAAGCAAGGACGACGGAUACUGUUUGCAGGAUCUCUCCGGGUCCGUCAGGAUACUCGGCUAAGUAUUGAAGGAGUAAACCUGGUUGUAGAGAGUGUUCAACCUGGAGAUGCUGGAGAUUACAGUUGUCAAGCUGAACUAGAUACCGGAGAGCUGGUCGUCAGCAAGAAGUCUUUGGUCGUUCUUCAACCGGCUAAAGCUAAAAUAAUACCGGGUGGCGAGGUGAUAACUGUUAAAACUGGAACCUCUGUCCUCCUCACCUGCUCUGGGUCUGGAGUUCCAGCCCCAGAAAUAUCCUGGGUUCGGGAGGGAAAAGUGCUAGCCUCCGGUCAAGGAGAGGCUGACCUCCCUCUGAAAAGUACAACCUGGCAAAACGGAGGAUUAUAUCAGUGCCAUGCCUCCAACGGAGUAGGAGAAGUAAAUAUACAAAACUUCACAGUACAUGUACUCCAUGCCCCCGUGGUUGAAGUACUCCCAGCUGAAAUAGAAAUGGAUCCGUCCUGCAGUAUUCAGAUCCAGUGCCUUGUCUACUCCUCCCCUCGUUCUUCUGUUAAAUGGUUCCAUCAGGGUCGACUCCUCCAGGCUGGAGUAGAUGUUACAAUGUGGAACCUGGAGUACCUUCACGCUAUUCAACUCCACGACUGUAAAGAUAGAUCUGGAGACUAUACAUGUGUCGCAGAGAACAGCCUUGGAGCCAACGAGGCAGUUACCACCAUAGCCGAGCACAUGCUGAGGAUAGAGGAGGAGGUUGUACUACGAGUUGACCGUCAAAUCUCGUUGAUUUCUGGAGAAUCUCGUCUCACAUCACAUUCAUCGAUCCUGCUGGUUCCAAGUUUAAUUCUGCUUUUGAACUUUAUUCGAAUGUAGGAUGUUUCUUUAAAAUCCUAGCAGAGCUGUGAAUAGUGUGAAUUGGCUGUGAACAUAAAAAAAAUCCACGAAAAACUUGUUAUUUUCGGAUUAAGUCCUACAUUUCUCCGGGUAUGCUUUGAAGUACUACCAUUUUGUCUCCGGGUAGUGGCUGAAUCACUCCGGAAUCGUGGUAUACUCCUCAAUACAAUCUGACAGGAAUGCAUCUCCUGACCUUAUCAGAUUCUAGUCACUCCAGGAGUCCUGCAGAAUAUUCAAUAUAUUGUACUCUACCUCAUAUCAAUAAAUUUAUCAAU